AUGGGUAAAGAUUUCCAGCUGCGCCUUUUGCCGUGGGUCCCAGAGGCCUGCAUCAUCCCGGAUGACGACAUUCAGCUGCUCGCAGAUGGCCAGCAUCCAGAUCCCAAUCAUGUGCUCGGAGUACAGGUCAUUGGCUCCAACGUCAUCCUGCGGUGUUGGAUUAGCGGAGCAGAAGCCGUGUCCGUGACGAAUACCGAGGAGGUGUUUCUGCCCGAGCUCUCCGAUGCCCGCGAGGAUCCCCCGGAGCAGGUGGCCCUGCUUCCCGUGGAGCGCUGCCCUGGAGACUGCCCUUGGCUCUUCGAACGGGCCUUCGAGUAUGUAGGCACCGAAGACAAGUCGGAGCUACAGAAGUGGAAUUACGAAGUCUGCAUCCAGUACCCGGGUGGCUCGAGCUGCAGCAUCACCUACCCGCACUCCCUAGGAGCUUUGCUCCCAGAGUCUUUCCUGACCGGCUUUGCUGCUGGAUUGACGGAGACCCCGCUGGCAUCCAUGUUCGGCGCUCAUCACAUGGAGCUGCGCAGCCACAAGAAAGGGCUUUGGGGCACACGCUUCGCUGUCUGGGCUCCCAACGCCCACUCUGUGAGCUUGGUCGGCGACUUCAACUACUGGGAUGGGCGAGCACAUCCUAUGUCUUGCCGCGAGAAGUUCGGAGUUUGGGAGAUCUUCUUGCCUUCCUGGGACCUGCGCGGUCAGAAAUAUGCCUACCAGGUGGUGUCUGAAGCUCUUGAGCCCGUCGUCAAAGCCGAUCCAUGUGCCUUGGAGUUCGUGGAUCCUUCCGAUGGCGGCCACGAUGCCAAGGUGCCGGAGUGCGACGACUACAGCAGAGCAGCAUGGAACGGCACCUACCCGUGGACUGACGAUGCGUUCAUUGCCAAACGACAGGCCAAGUUUGGCAGCGCAACUUGGUGUAAGGAGCCUCUUUCCAUCUACGAGGUGCACUUGGGAAGUUGGACCAUGACAGCCAGUGCCAACUACCGGGACAUCGCAGAGCCCCUGGCGAAACAUGUGCAGGAACUGGGCUUCACGGCUGUGGAAUUCCUCCCGUUGUCACAGUAUCCGUGCGAGGAGUCUUGGGGCUACCAGUGUGCAGCGGGCCUUUUCGCUGUGGACAGGCGUCUUGGCACUCCCGACGACUUCCGCUACCUCGUGGACACGCUGCACAGCUACGGAAUCGCUGUGUUCAUGGACUUUGUUGGGGCACACUUUGCGAAGGACGAGUGGGGCUUGGUAAACUACAGCGGCACGCCACAGUACGAGUACGAAGGUUCUGUGGGGCAGAUUCCCGGGUGGGGCACCUGCCGCUACAACUAUGCCAAGCCAGAGGUCCAGGCCUAUCUGUUGGGCGCUGCUCACCACUGGAUCGAGCACUUCCACAUCGAUGGGCUUCGAGUCGAUGCUGUCACAGCCAUGAUUUACCGCAACUUUGGUCGGGAGGAGGACGGCGACAAGAUUAUGGCUGGAAAGGGCAAGUUGAAUGAGGAUGGCAUUGCCCUGCUGCGGCGCCUGUGUGCUGAGGUUCGCUCGCGGCAUCCGGGGGUCAUCCUCUCUGCAGAGGAGUCCACGAACUUCAAGUGGGUGACAGAUCGUCCCGCAGAGAACGGCACUGAGAGGCACCAGGCGGAGAUCCGUGAUUUGGGAUUCCAUCUCAAGUGGAACAUGGGCUUUGCCUACGAUGCUUUGUCGUAUUUCGGUGCCGACCCAGAGGAACGACCUCAGCUGGAUACGUUUGGAUGGAAGAGGCUGGCAUGGUAUUUGGCUUACGCCUUCAACGAACGCUGGGUGCUGCCCUUUUCGCAUGAUAACAUGCAGCCAAAAAGCUUGCUGGACCAGAUGGCGCCUAACAAGCGAGUGGGCGUGGAGGGCCAGUUUGCGCAGCUUCGAUUGCUCUUCUUGUACAUGGUUGGUAUGCCAGGCAGACCUCUGAUGUUCAUGGGCUCAGAGAUUGGCGAAGGCUUUUCCCUUGCCCAGCCGGUUGAUUGGGAGCUUGCAGCCGUGGACCCCGACAAGCAGCAGUUGCGCAGCUGGGUGGCCAAGCUGAUGAAGCUCUAUCGUCAGUUAAAAUGCCUCCAUCGGGAGGACCGCGCUGAUGGAUUCCAUUGGCUCGACAAGGAUACAAGCAGCCGCUGUGUCUAUGCCUGGAAGCGCUUUGCCAAGGACGAGCCAGAGGCCAUCAUCGUCGUAAACGCUUCCAUGACGCAUGUCAGUCCGUACUACGUCAACUCUGGAGAUACCUCCGGAGCUUGGAAGUGCGUGGCCGCCACUGCGCUUGGCGACUGCGUGACGACGCCACGCUCCGCCCGCGUGGUGAUGGGCCGCACGAAGUUUGCAACAGAGCUACCGCCCAUGGCGGCACAGAUCUGGGUGCCCUGCGAGUGUGAGGAGGCAGUCGACGAAGCCGCGCUGCUGAACUUCGAGGUCCUCCAUCAGGAGGCCCAGCCAGGUGAUGAGCUGCGAUUGGUCGGCAACUGUCCAGAAUUAGGGAAUUGGGCUGUGUCAGAUGGCGUCAUCAUGGAGACCGACGCCGACACUUUUCCGUUCUGGCACACAUCGAUGAGAAUUCCCUUGGACGUGCGGAAUCUUGAGUUCAAGAUGGUUGCUGUCUCCGCCGCCGGCGAGGAGACGUGGGAGCCCCUGCGCUUCAACCGAUCCGUCAGCAUCAUCCCCGGCGUCGUCCAGCGAGUAAGUAUCGAGUUUGGAGAGGUGUAG